AUUGGACAAUAAAAGCAGCAGAAAUGUUAUUUAUUCCAAGACAGUUCAUUACAGGACAGGGAGAAAAGUGGAAGACAUCUUAAAUUAGAAGGAAACUUCCAAGGCAAGUCUCCCAAAGGAAAAUGGACACCAGAGGCAAAGUUAUUAAAUGCAAAGCAGCCAUUGCCUGGGAAGCAGGCAAGCCCCUAUGCAUCGAAGAGGUUGAAGUAGCUCCCCCCAGGGCUCACGAAGUUCGUGUUCAGAUAAUUGCCACUGCCCUGUGCCACACUGAAGCCAGUGCUAUCAAUCCUAAAUUUGAUGAGAGUGUUUUCCCAGUUAUCCUUGGCCAUGAAGGUGCUGGAAUUGUGGAAAGUAUUGGUCCAGGAGUAACCAACUUCAAACCAGGUGACAAAGUAAUUCCACUCUACACACCUCAAUGUAGAAAAUGCAAGUUCUGUCUGAGUCCACACACAAAUCUUUGUGAAAAACUCAGUCGAACCAAAAAUCCUAUUGCUGAUCAAGAACUAAUGGGAGACAAAACCAGUAGGUUUACCUGCAAAGGAAAACCAAUUUACCAUUUCAUGGGGAUCAGUACUUUCUCUCAGUACACGGUGGUAUCAGAUAUUAAUCUUGCCAAAAUAGAUGAUGAUGCAAAUUUAGAGAGAGUUUGUCUCCUUGGAUGUGGGUUUUCAACUGGCUACGGGGCUGCAAUCAACACUGCCAAGGUCACACCUGGUUCUACCUGUGCCAUCUUUGGCCUAGGAGGUGUCGGUCUUUCUGCAAUAAUGGGUUGUAAAGUAGCAGGAGCUUCUAGAAUCAUAGGUAUUGACAUCAACAGUGAAAAGUUUACAAGGGCCAGAGCUCUGGGAGCCACUGACUGCCUCAAUCCUAGAGAUCUAGAUAAACCCAUCCAGGAAGUCAUCACUGAAAUGACCAAUGGAGGUGUGGAUUUUGCCCUUGAUUGUGCAGGUGGAGCUGAAGUCAUGAGAGCAGCCCUGGAUUGUACAACAGUAGGUUGGGGAUCAUGUACUCUCAUUGGAGUUGCCAUUGGUGACAAAGGAUUGACUAUUUCUCCAGUGGAGCUAAUAAUGGGCCGAACUAUAAAUGGAACAUUUUUUGGUGGUUGGAAGAGUAUAGAUUCUGUCCCAAAGCUUGUUACUGACUACAAGAAUAAGAAAUUCAACCUGGAUGCAUUGGUGACUCAUACCCUACCUUUUGACAAAAUCAAUGAAGCAUUUGACCUAAUGCACCAAGGAAAGAGCAUACGGACAGUCCUGACCUUUUGAAGAUACCAGGAGCAAUCUGGAAUGUCAUCUGAUUGAAUAUGAACCUAUCUGGUUAAUUUAUAAACUGAUUUGAUGAAUCAAGGAAAGCUAUGAGUUUAAACAAAUAUUUAUAGUUAAUGUCUCAGCAUAAAAUAGCUGUAGAGAUUACAGCAAUUGUACCCAUAAAAUAUAUUAAUAUUUCCUAUGUUAAGUAACUAUAACUAUGAUAACUGAAGUAAUUAUGAAUAGAAUCACAUGAUGUUUGGGAAUUGCUUAAAACUAUUCCAGGAGAGGUGGAGAAUGAAGGAAUAAUAAUAAAAAAAACUACCUUGGCCCUCUAUGUUGUAUUUUUUAAUGUUGGGUGAUGAAUACAUGGGGUUUCAUUAUAUUGUUCUCUCUGCUUUUGUAUAUGUUUGAAAUUUUCCAUAAUGAAAAUAUUUUUACCAUAAAAUAUCACUAUGAUAUUUACAUACAUAUAUAUAAAUGCUAUUAUGUAAUUUCUGAAUUCCAAUAAGCUAUUCCAUUUCAAUAAAUUGUUAAAUCAUUUCCUUUUUAA